AUGUUGUCGCGGACCAUCACGAGGCCGUUCGGCCGCCUGGGAAGCCGUCCAUCGGCCGCCUGCUCGUCUUCCGUGUUCGCGCCCACUUGCUUGGCAGCAUCGUCGCCCUCCUUCUUCUCGACCUCGACAGUCGCCCGGUUGUCAUCCCGCCGGCCCUCUGCCCCCGUCGCCUCUCCCGCCUCCUUCGCCCUCUUCCAGCACAGCUUUCCCGGCACGCGGCGGUUUCUCUCGGACCACACGCGCGAGGCCAUUGACCGGGCUGUGAAGUCGGCGCCCGUGGUGCUCUUCAUGAAGGGUACACCAGAGACGCCGCAGUGUGGCUUCUCGCGAGCGACGAUCCAGAUCCUCGGCUUGCAGGGUGUUGAUCCGGCCAAGUUCUCCGCCUUCAACGUGCUGGAGGACCCGGAGCUGCGCGCCGGCAUCAAGGAGUACUCGGACUGGCCCACCAUCCCACAGCUCUACGUCGACGGCGAAUUCAUCGGCGGCUGUGACAUCCUCGUCUCCAUGCACCAGGGCGGCGACCUCGCCAAGCUAUUCGAAGAGAAGAAUGUGCUCAUCGCCGCCAGUGAGGAAGAUGCCCUGGUCGAGGAGAAGAAGGAAUGA